AUGCCGAUCCCAGUUGCUGUUCGUACCACUCCUCCUCCUGAGCUACCCCCUUUCAAAUUUGCGAACAGAUUUGACCAGCCCUUAUUUGGUGAUUGGCGAGAUGAGCUAUCUCUCAAGGGCUAUACUGUGGUGAAAGGUGCUAUUCCACGGGAAAAGGCUCUGGAAUAUCGAGAACGAGCUUUCCAGUGGUUGGAGAGCUUUCCCCUCGGAUUUGAUCGAAACGACGUCAAGACGUGGAAAAAUGCGUCACUGCCGGUUCAUAUGAAAGGUGGCAUGUUUCAUGGAUACGGCUUCGCGCAUGAGGAAUUUGUCUGGGAUAUCCGAUGCGAAACUGGAGUCAUUGACGCGUUUGCCAAGGUCUGGGGAACAGAUGAAUUAAUCACCUCGUUUGACGGGGGUAGCAUCAUGUUACCCAAGCGGACCGACGUCUUUGAUGAUGGCAAAUGGGAGCAUAUGGAGAAAGGCUUCUACUGCUGUCAAGGGAUCGUUAACUUAAACGAAAAUGGACCUGAGGAUGGUGGUCUGAUGGUACUCGAAGGUAGCUCGAAGGUUGUCGAAGAGUACUUUGAUAUUCAUGGACGUCAAAGCUAUACCACAUGGGGCCCAUUCGACUGGAGAUAA